AUGACUUUCGCGAAGCUUAAUCCUCGUCACAUCCAAAAUUUCAGCGCUGCCACAAUAUUAGAGCCACAUUGGGGGUAUGCAGAUCGCGCCCUACCAUGUACCAGCGAUGCCGGCUCUUGUGCUUAUCUGGAUGUCGUUUACGCAUCCCACGACCGGGGGAUGCUGUACAGUGGCAUUAUGUGGUGUGCCAUAGGUGGCAUUCUCCUGAUAUGGGCUAUCUAUCACCAGGUAGCUUCAUCGGCUAAUUAUUCAAUCGCGGCUACUUCUUAUCCAUGUGGGCUUCGCCGGGUUAAAAAUACUCUUGCUGCCUUCUCCCGCAGAUAUCUCUUGCCUGAUGCAGCCCGCGUAAUUUUUGGACGAACAACGCGGCUUCAGGUUUUAGUCCUCACUCUUCUGGUAGGCUACCUCUUGAUCUUCAGCUUCGUUGGGAUCUCUUACCACACUUGGACCACUCCUGUGUCAUCUGUGCCUGGCCUUUACCAGACUCGCAGCAGCAUUGGGCCCUGGGCAGAUCGCGUUGGCAUCUUCGCAUUUGCUCUAACCCCACUUUCCGUCAUGCUGAGUAGUCGGGAGUCCUUCCUUUCACUAAUCACCGGCUUACCGUAUCAAAGCUUCAACUUCCUCCACCGUUGGCUUGGUUACAUCAUCUUUGUGCAAAGUUCUCUCCACACUAUUGGCUGGUGUAUAGUUGAGCUGAGACUGUACCAGCCACAACCAUCCGUCGGUAUUGAGUGGAUUACCCAAACAUACAUGGUUUGGGGCAUUGUUGCCAUGAUAUUGCUCCUUCUCCUCUUCGUGCUGAGUACACCAUGGGGCAUCAAAUUCACCGGAUAUGAGACUUUUCGCAAGCUUCACUAUGUCCUUGCAAUGGUGUACAUCGGUGCAUGCUGGGGCCACUGGAAGCAAUUGAAGUGCUUCCUGCUACCAUCUUUGAUCUUCUGGUUUCUGGAUCGAGGUGCUCGUUUCGUGCGCACCGCAAUUUUACACCAACGUCUGGAUCACCCUGGGAUAUUCGCUUUGAAGGCCGUGAAAGCAGCUUUGACUCGGUUCCCGGAUCAGGAACACGGGGACGUUAUUCGUCUGGAUUUGGACAGCGCCCAGGACCCAUGGGCCAUUGGCCAGCAUUAUUAUUUGUGUUUUACUCAGUCCAGUAUCUGGCAGUCCCAUCCCUUUACCCCCCUCAAUGCACCGAUUGUGGAAAAGGGAAAAGUGAAACAUUCGUACCUUAUCCGGGCAAAAGGUGGAGAAACGAAGAAGCUUGCCUCGCUUGCUGCACAGGGCAAUCUUGAGACUCCAGUCAUCCUCACAGGCCCAUAUGGUGACGAUAUCACGAGCGGAUUAACGCCGCAAACCAAUAUCAUCUGCAUUGCUGGCGGUACUGGCAUUACAUACGUCCUACCUGUGCUCCUCGAGCUUGCACGGCAACCAAUCCAACCAACUCGAAAGAUUGAAUUGAUCUGGGCCAUUCGUCAUGGCUCUAAUACUGCUUGGAUUGGCCCAGAACUAGACCUCCUACAAAAAGCCCGGAAAAGUUCGAAUCUCCAUAUCAAGAUCUUUGCGACUAGGGAUGUCAACAGCAUGCCUCCGUCAAUCAAUGACCAUACGUCCUGCAACUUGUCCGGUUUAGACAUGGAUGAAAAGAUUAUCGGCGUUUCACAAUCCUCCCUUUCCCCCACAUCCUGUGAUUGUGAAAAACCUGCACCAGUGGAGAAAUUAGGCGGAGGAAAACAGGACGGUGGCAAGCACCCGAAUUUAUUGAAUCUGGUCAACAGUUUCCUGCAGGAUACAGUAGAAGGUCCAACAACGGUCUUUGCUAGUGGACCGGGCGGUAUGAUAAGUGAUUUACGAGAUAUCAUUGCCAUCUGUAACUCGGGCCCCAAGGUUUGGAAAGGGAAACAGAGGUUUGAUGUUAAUCUUGUGUACGAUGAUCGUCUUGAAUGGUGA